AUGGAGCAGACAAUAGCUAUCAAGCCUAAACCCAAGGCUUCCUCUUCUUCGUCUUCUUCUGAUGGUGGCGGUGUGCAACCCCCUCGCGGCGGCGACCCAUCAUCAUCUCAGAUCGUCUCGGUCCCGGCCAACAACAAGCCACGGAUCCCGAAUGCCAAUGUGGCAGUCCUUGACAUUGCAGAUCGUUCGGGACAAAAUGCCGCUAAGAAGCCCAAGACCAAGUCUUUCAAGACACGUACUGGUUGUAAAGAGUGCAAACGUCGCAAAGUGAAAUGUGAUGAGGGCAAACCAAUCUGUAACCGGUGCAAAGCCGUCGGUCUAACAUGUCAUUUCCCGCUCAGCCAAUCCGUCAGCUUCAACACCACAGCUACAGCCGUGACAACAACGCGUGCAGCACCCCAGUCCGACACACGCAUCCUAGCCAAGCCAAACUACAUCCUCUCACUCUUCAAAGACCAGACGCAAUAUGACAUGUUCUCCACUUUUCUCUGGUCCAACGAGCAGGGCACCACCCUCCCUCACAACACCUUGGCUGCCAUUACGCCUCAGCUGGCCCAUGAGGAUGCGGCUGUCCGUGAGACGUGCUGUGCCUUAGGCGGUGCCGUCAAUGCCUUCACGCAGCCAACCAUCGAUUCCGUUGCUGCUGAUAAGGCGCAUCAGCUGUCACUUCAGUACUACACACGUACUGUACGUGCUGUUACGACUGCUACUUCGACACUUCGUGCGCUGCGUAGUGUUACUCACGUGGCUCUUGUCUUUCUCACUUACGAUAUUCUUCGUGGAGACAUGCUGGCUGCUGCUUUGCACCACGACCACGCUGCUCGCCUCUUUGAAGCAUACCUGGCUAAGCGAUGUGCCCAAGAAGGUGCAUCGUUGUCAGAUCUGGUUUUUGACGAUUAUGAGAAUGCUCUGUUUGACAUGAUACAGCGAUUGAGUACCUACCCGUGGGCCCUGAGACUGGGUAUCACCGGGGAUACGGAUGAGUUCCUAGCCGCGAAGCGAUGUCUGGGAAGACACAGGUACUCCAUAGACAAAAUGCCCUCCUCAUUUCACGAUUUGGAUCAAGCUUUGAGGUGGUGGGAUGUCGCACAGCACCAUCUAGCUCAUCAUCUUCUGGACGACGAUACAGAGACGACCAAAGCAACAUGGGAGAAAGCUUUCUCGGUCCUUUCAAGCUGGCACAACGGCUUCGUCUUGCUAUACCGCUACACGCAGCAGCGCAAAAAUGAGGAGCCGCACAGUUACGUGACAGCCAGUGUCUUUGAAGCACUGUACCUGGAGUGUUUGUCAAGUCUCCACCUGCAGCUCAACACGGAUGCAAAGGUGUUGCCCGACGCGAAGCCUGUGUACCGCGAGAUCAUCGCCACGACGCAUCGUAUCCUCGACGAGCUAAAGGGAUCGCAAGCAAACUUCCGCUUCAUGGAUAACAACGUCAUGAAGCCUUUGUUUGUUGUUCUUUUCAAGUGCAGCGAUCCUGAGAUCAGAGAAGGCGUGAAAAUGGUGUUGCAGCAUGGUGUCGCUAAGUUUGGAAGUGCGUGCCUUGCUGGGAUUGUACUGGGUAUGAUGCACAUGAAGAGCGAGCAUGUUCCCCAGAUCUUGAGGAACGUUGAAAGAGCGGUUGGAUGGCAUUUGACUUCUGUUGGAUGCGGACCUGGAGUGAUUACCGCUGGUUAA